GCUCCGUCGCCGCCACUCUUCUUCCGCGCGCACCGCUAUAAGAGCCCCGCGGGGCGGAGAGCGGCGCGGACGGAUCGACGGACGGCGGCGGCCAAAGCCCCGGAACCGCGGAGAUACCGCGGGGCGAUGGGGUUAUGCUGCGCCCACACCGCCCUCUGAGCCCCCGCGAGAAGGAGAAGGGCUGAGCUGCGCCCGACGGCACCAUGAGCCGCUCCCCGGUGUCCUCCGAGCUGCACCACAUCGUCUCCUCCGCCUUCGAGAGCCCCGAGCCGCCCGCGCCGGGCCCCGCUUCGCCACCGCUGGCUGAGGAAGAGGAGAAGGACCUGAACAAGGCGCUGGGCGUGGAGCGCUUCGAGGAGAUCCUCAGCGACGCGCACCCGCGCAGCGUGGAGGAGCCGGGGCGCAUCUACGGGGAGGAGGACUUCGAGUACCACCGGCAGUCCUCGCUGCACAUCCACCACCCUCUGUCCGCGCAUCUGCCGCCUGACGCGCGCCGCAAGAAAGGGGCCCCCAAAAAGGGCAGGAAGAAGCGCGGGCGAGCGGCCGCCCCCGGGGAGAAUCCUCCCAUCGAGGAGGGGGAGGAGGAUGAGGAGGAAGCGUGCGACACCGAGACGGAGCGCUCGGCCGAGGAGCUGCGGGGCGGCCCCGCCGAGGGGGUGCAGUUCUUCCUGCAGGAGGACGAGGUGACCGAGCGCCGUGUGGAGGAGCCUCCGGCCCCCCCUGCGCCACCCGGCCCCACGGCGGAGCCCCACGGAGCCCCGGCCCCCCCGGCAGCCAGCCCCGGCGCCGAGGAGGGCCGUGCAGCCGAGGGCAGCGCCGUUCCCGAGGAUGGCGGCUCCCCCGGGCGCCCCGCGGGCAGGGCGCAGCCCGGGCACCGCAGCUACAACCUGCACGAGCGGCGCCGCAUCGGCAGCAUGACGGGCGCGGAGCAGGCGCAGUACCAGAAGGUGCCCACGGACGAAUCGGAGGCGCAGACGUUGGCAUCGGCCGACCUCGACUACAUGAAGAGUCACCGCUUUGAAGACGUGCCCGGCGUGCGGCGGCACCUGGUGCGGAAGAGCGCCAAGGCGCAGGUGGUGCACGUCGGUAAGGAGCACCGCGAGCAGAGCGCGCGGCCGCGCAGGUCGGACCGGCAGCCCCACGAGGUGUUCGUGGAGCUGAACGAGCUGGUGCUGGACAAGAACCAGGAGCUGCAGUGGAAGGAGACGGCGCGCUGGAUCAAGUUUGAGGAGGACGUGGAGGAGGAGACGGACCGCUGGGGGAAACCUCACGUGGCCUCGCUGUCCUUCCGCAGCCUGCUGGAGCUGCGCAAGACGCUGUCCCACGGCGCCGUGCUGCUGGAUCUGGACCAGAAGACGCUGCCGGGCGUGGCCCACCAGGUGGUGGAGCAGAUGGUCAUCACCGACCAGAUCCGGGCUGAGGACCGCGCCAACGUGCUGCGUGCGCUGCUGCUGAAGCACAGCCACCCGAGCGACGAGAAGGAGUUCUCGUUCCCCCGGAACAUCUCAGCCGGCAGCCUGGGCUCGCUGCUGGUGCACCACCACAGCACCAACCACGUGGCUGAGGGCGGAGAGCCGGCCGUCACCGAGCCCCUCAUCGCCGGGCACGGUGCUGAGCACGACACGCGCGUGGACGUGGAGCGGGAGCGUGAGGUCCCGCCCCCCGCGCCCCCUGCCGGCAUCACCCGCUCCAAGUCCAAGCACGAGCUGAAGCUGCUGGAGAAGAUCCCCGACGACGCCGAGGCCACCGUGGUGCUCGUGGGCUGCGUGGAGUUCCUGGACCAGCCCACCAUGGCCUUCGUGCGGCUGCAGGAGGCGGUGGAGCUGGACUCGGUGCUGGAGGUCCCCGUCCCCGUGCGCUUCCUCUUCGUGCUGCUGGGCCCUAGCAGCACCCACAUGGACUACCAUGAGAUCGGGCGCUCCAUCUCCACCCUCAUGUCCGACAAGCAAUUCCACGAGGCCGCCUACCUGGCGGACGACCGGCACGACCUGCUGACGGCCAUCAACGAGUUCCUGGACUGCAGCGUGGUGCUGCCGCCCUCCGAGGUGCAGGGCGAGGAGCUGCUGCGCAGCGUCGCACAUUUCCAGCGUGAGAUGCUGAAGAAACGCGAGGAGCAGGAGAGGAGGCUGCUGCUGGAGCCCAAAUCCCCCGAGGAGAAAGGUGGGCUGGGGCACGGCGGGGCGGGCGUGGGGUGGCCGGGGCCGACCGUCCAUCUGUCCGUCCAUCCGGAUGCAGCGCUGCUGAAGCUGAAGGUGGCUGAGGAUGAGGAUGAGGACGAUCCCCUGCGGCGCACGGGGCGGCCCUUCGGGGGGCUGAUCCGGGACGUGCGGCGCCGAUACCCCCAUUACCUGAGCGACUUCAGGGACGCCCUGAACCCGCAGUGCAUCGCCGCCGUCAUCUUCAUCUACUUCGCCGCUCUGUCCCCGGCCAUCACCUUCGGGGGGCUGCUGGGGGAGAAGACGCACGGCCUGAUCGGGGUGUCAGAGCUGAUCAUCUCCACGUCGCUGCAGGGCGUGCUGUUCUGCCUGCUGGGUGCGCAGCCCCUGCUCAUCAUUGGCUUCUCGGGGCCGCUGCUCGUCUUCGAGGAGGCCUUCUUCACGUUCUGCACAUCCAACGGGCUGGAGUACCUGGUGGGGCGCGUGUGGAUCGGCUUCUGGCUCAUCCUGAUCGUGCUGCUGAUGGUGGCCUGCGAGGGCAGCUUCCUGGUGCGCUUCGUCUCGCGCUUCACCCAGGAGAUCUUUUCCUUCCUCAUCUCCCUCAUCUUCAUCUACGAGACCUUCUCCAAGCUGGGCAAGAUCUUCCAGGAGCACCCCCUGCACGGCUGCGCUCAGCCCAACGGCACGGUGUGGAGCAACGGCACCGCGGCACCCAACGGCACGGAGCAGCGCGGGGCCACCAAGGUGACGGGGCAGCCCAACACGGCGCUGCUCUCCCUGGUGCUCAUGGCCGGCACCUUCUUCAUCGCCUUCUUCCUGCGCAAGUUCAAGAACAGCCGCUUCUUCCCUGGACGGAUCCGGCGCCUCAUCGGGGACUUCGGGGUGCCCAUCGCCAUCCUGGUGAUGGUUCUGGUGGACUACAGCAUCCGCGACACCUACACGCAGAAGCUGAGCGUGCCCAGCGGGUUCUCGGUGACGGCGCCCGAUAAGCGGGGCUGGGUGAUCAACCCGCUGGGCGAGAGGAGCGACUUCCCGGUGUGGAUGAUGGUGGCCAGCGGCCUCCCCGCCGUCCUCGUCUUCAUCCUCAUCUUCAUGGAGACGCAGAUCACCACGCUGAUCAUCAGCAAGAAGGAGCGGAUGCUGCAGAAGGGCUCCGGGUUCCACCUCGACCUGCUGCUCAUCGUGGCCAUGGGAGGAUUCUUCGCUCUCUUCGGGCUGCCCUGGCUCGCCGCCGCCACCGUGCGCUCCGUCACGCACGCCAACGCCCUCACCGUCAUGAGCAAGGCGGUGGCGCCGGGGGACAAACACAAGAUCCAGGAGGUGAAGGAGCAGCGCGUCACCGGGCUGCUGGUGGCCGUGCUCGUCGGGCUGUCCAUCGUCAUCGGGGAGUUGCUGCGCCAGAUCCCGCUGGCUGUGCUCUUCGGGAUCUUCCUCUAUAUGGGCGUCACCUCCCUGAACGGCAUCCAGUUCUACGAGCGCCUGCAGCUGCUGCUGAUGCCCCCCAAGCACCACCCCGAUGUCCCCUAUGUCAAAAAGGUACGCACGCUGCGCAUGCACCUCUUCACCGGGCUGCAGCUGGCAUGCUUGGCCGUGCUCUGGGCCGUCAUGUCCACCGUGGCGUCCCUGGCCUUCCCCUUCAUCCUCAUCCUCACCGUGCCACUCCGCAUGUGCCUGCUGAGCCGCAUCUUCACCGACCGCGAGAUGAAGUGUCUGGAUGCGGACGAAGCCGAGCCGAUCCUGGACGAACGGGAAGGCGUGGAUGAGUACAACGAGAUGCCGAUGCCGGUUUGAGCCCCGCGGCCAGACAGCGCGCCGGGCACGGCCGGCUCCCCACGUACGACCGUGCCCGGCACCCCGCGCCUUCGGGGCUCCGCCAAAGAGAAGCCGGCCCGCAGCCCAGCCGGCCCCGCUCGCCUCCGCCGCGGUCGGGGGUCCCUCGGCCGCGUCCCGACCGUGCCGUGGGGCGGAGCCCCCCCCACCGCCACCCUGCAGCGCCGCAGGUCCGCGCCCCGCCCCGGCCCCGCGCUCCCACCCGACGAUCAGGUGUUUCCAGAACCCCGCUUUUCUUUAACGGGGUGACCCCGAUGGCAAUAAACGGCGUUACGAGCGCGGUGGGCUGAGGGGAGCUGAGCCCCUCCGGCUGCCGGCAGCCCAGGGGGUCGGGGAGCGCUGCCGUCGAGCCCCCCGGCCGCCCAGGGGCCGCAGGCGGGGCGCUGCCCCACGCCAAUAAAGAGAACGGACUUUGCACACUU